CACAGACUCACAGACAGACAGACAGACACAGACAAACAGACACACACAUAUAGACACACAGAUACACAGACUCACACACACACACACACUCACACACACACACAGCCCUGCACACACACACUCACACACACACUCACACAUAGACACACACACACACACAGACUCACAGGCACACACAGACACACACAGACAGACAGACAGACACACACAGACACACACAGACAGACAGACACACACAGACUCGCAGACAGACAGACACAGACAAACAGACACACACAGACAGACACACACUGAGACACACACACACACACACACACACAGACACGCAGGCUGAACACACGGUAUCUCUGAGCGUCUCCAGACUUUCGCUGUCUGUCGAAGAUGACAGUUUAAGGGUUCGGCCUUGGUUCCGAAGCCGGUGUGAUCAAACUGAAACUCGGGUCGGAUCCGAUCCUCCGUCCAGUGAGAUGGCCUCGGUACCGGUGUACUGCCUCUGCCGGCUCCCCUACGACGUGACCCGCUUUAUGAUCGAGUGCGACAUAUGUCAAGACUGGUUUCACGGGAGCUGUGUCAGGGUGGAGGAGUCGAAGGCAGCAGAGAUCGACCUGUAUCACUGUCCGGACUGCAGGGUCACCCACGGACCCUCCAUCAUGAAGAAGCGGCCCGGCUCUCACAAGCAGGAUGCUGUGGGAUCCGGGUUCAAGGAGCCCCAUCGCCCUGUUCAGACAGGCAGCCUCCAGUUCAUCAAGGAGCUGCGCAGCCGAGCCUUCCCCAGUGCUGACGAGGUGGUCUUGAAGCCCAGCGGCUCUCAGCUCACAGUAGAGUAUUUGGAGGAGAACACGUUCAGUGUGCCCAUCCUGGUCACCAAGAAGGAGGGGCUGGGCAUGAGGCUGCCCCCCAGCAGCUUCUCCGUCAACGACGUGGAGGACCACAUAGGGGCUGAUAAGGAGAUCGAUGUGAUUGACGUGAGACGUCAGGCUGACUGCAAGAUGAAGCUGGGAGACUUCGUACGCUAUUACAACAGCCCAGAGCGAGACAAGGUGCUGAAUGUCAUCAGCCUGGAGUUCUCAGAAACCAGACUGUCGAACCUGAUUGAGACCCCCAAGAUCGUGCGCAAGCUGUCCUGGGUGGAGAACCUGUGGCUGGACGAGUCGCAGUUCGAGCGCCCCAAUGUGCAGAAGUACUGUCUGAUGAGCAUGAAGGACAGCUACACUGACUUCCACAUCGACUUCGGGGGCACCUCUGUGUGGUACCACGUGCUCCGGGGUGAGAAGAUUUUCUACCUGAUUCGUCCGAGCCCCGCUAACCUGACCUUGUUUGAGAGGUGGAGCUCCUCGUCCAAUCAGAACGAGAUGUUCUUUGGGGACCAGGUGGAUACGUGCUACAGGUGUUCAGUGAAGCAAGGCCACACCCUCUUCAUACCCACAGGCUGGAUUCAUUCUGUUUUGACUCCAGUCGACUGCCUGGCUUUCGGGGGAAACUUCCUCCACAGCCUGAACAUUGAAAUGCAGCUCAGGGCCUAUGAGAUUGAGAAGCGGUUAAGCACAGCUGAUCUGUUCAGGUUUCCAAACUUCGAGACUGUGUGCUGGUACGUAGGAAAACACCUGCUGGACACAUUCAGAGGUGAGUCACAGACUGCGCUGAGGGGAGCUCUGAACCCCAGAAUAGAGUUCAUUGAGGGAGAGCUCUGAACCCCAGGACUGGGU